CGUCAUAAGACGUAAGUGACACAUGACAUAUUUACAGGAAAUCCUCGUUAAAAUUACGAAGUUAUCGAAUCGAAUAAGCCAAGCACUCGUACAGCAAUAAGUGAGAACUUUUUUGGUGUUUUACAUAACACAUAUUUUGUAAUAUUGCGAAAUAAUUUAGAAAAUCAACCACAAAAAUGCCUAGAAGAGGACGAGCAUCUCCAUCACCAACUCGCAGAUCGAGCAACCUCCCAGCGAGGGCCCCAGCCCCUGCGCCCCCGGCCCCCGUACACGCCGCCCCGGCGCCCUCGCAGGGCCCCGGAUUGAUGGGACAAAUGGCGGCGACGGCCGGAGGAGUCGCCAUCGGCUCGGCCGUAGGCCACACCAUCGGACACGCCAUGACGGGAUUGUUCAGCGGAGGCGGAUCGGGCGAAGCGCCCGUCCAACAGGCGCCCCAACAGGCGGCCCCGCAGCAGCAGUACGGGCAGCAAGCGGGCAGCGAGAACGGACCCUGCGGAUGGGAGAUUCAGCAGUUCUUGCAAUGCGCUUCCACCCAAUCGGAUUUGUCGCUGUGCCAAGGAUUCAACGAGGCUAUACAGCAAUGUAAAGUUAGGAACAAUAUCCCUGUUUAGAUGUGGAGUAGUCGGGUUUCAAAUUCUAGUAUUUAGUAGGCAAAAAAGUAAUGUUUUUUUUUCCUAAUAAUGUGUACUAUUGUUGCGUUAUGUUAAAAUAAAGCGUAAAUGUGAAUUGCUUGUUUGAUAAAAUUGCUUCGAUUUGUCUACAAACUGUAAAGAUUGUUGCGAAAAGCAUACAACAUAAUGUUAAAUCUAUAAUAACUACAUUUUUAUUAUACAGCAAUCAUAAAAACUAUUAUUAAUUGUAAAAUUUUAUGAAUUCAAUUAAAAAUUCCUCGUCACAAAAAAACUGGCCCUUUUCUUCGUACUUACCUGGUUACUUUGCUAGUGACCAACGUUAUGAUUAAUUGACUUAUUGGCGUAUUGUUAACAGUCCAAAAUAAAUUCACAUACAAAGAAUUACUACAAUUAGUAAAUAAUAAACUUUUAAAGAGGGAUUAAUUUCAAAAAUUUGAACCACCAUUUUUUCUAUCAUCUCAAUGUCAACAACGUCAAAUUCUUCUUUUCUUUACGUUCUCG